AUGGCUUCAGCUCGCGGUCCUCGAUGGCAGCAGUUCUUGCAGGAGUUGGUGAUGGUUGCGGGCACCUCAGCGUCUGCGUACUUCCUUAUUCGAUACCUGCUCUCCCGCCUUGAGUUCGACCCGGAAAGUCAGAAGAAAGAAGAACAGCGGCGCAAGUCGGCCGCUAUCCUACGGAAACUCGACGGAGGCGAAGAGUCCGACGAGGACUCGCCGCGUCGCGGAGGGAAAGGAGGAUCCCGACAAAAGAAAGGCGACUUGGUCCUAAACCAAUAUGAACAGGCUAUCGCGAUGGAUGUUGUGGCUCCAGAUGACAUUCCGGUGUCGUUUGAAGACAUUGGAGGGCUGGACGACAUCAUCGAAGAGUUGAAAGAGGCUGUUAUCUAUCCGCUUACAAUGCCCCAUCUCUACACCUCCACAUCUUCUCUUCUGACCGCGCCAUCUGGAGUUCUCCUGUACGGACCGCCUGGAUGCGGAAAGACCAUGCUUGCAAAAGCCCUGGCGCAUGAGAGCGGGGCGUGCUUUAUCAACUUGCAUAUAUCUACCCUCACUGAGAAAUGGUAUGGUGACUCGAAUAAAUUGGUUAAUGCGGUCUUCUCGCUGGCUCGGAAGUUGCAACCCUCGAUUGUUUUCAUCGACGAAAUAGAUGCUGUUCUCGGCACAAGAAGAAGCGGGGAGCACGAAGCUAGUGGUAUGGUGAAGGCGGAGUUCAUGACACACUGGGAUGGACUCACUUCCGCGAACUCUAGGGGUGAGCCCCAGCAAGUGGUUGUGCUAGGGGCCACCAACCGUAUGCAAGAUAUCGAUGACGCCAUCCUCAGACGGAUGCCCAAGAAGUUCCCUGUCUCUCUACCCCCUGCAGCCCAACGGCUACGGAUCCUCAGCCUGAUUCUCAAAGAUACCAAAGUCGACCGGGAGGACUUUGAUCUUCAUUAUCUGGUCAAGACCAUGGCGGGUAUGUCAGGCAGCGAUAUCAAAGAAGCCUGCCGUGAUGCCGCCAUGGUACCCGUGCGGGAGCUGAUCCGACAGAAAAAGGCCGAUGGACUUCAGAUGACAGCGGUUGACCCCAAGGAGGUCCGUGGUCUUCGCACAGGAGACUUCUUCUCGCGCGCUGGAGGUGUUCGGGUUAUAUCGCCCCUCACGCAGGUACAGGGCAAAGCCAGCUCAGAGAAAGAAUGGAGUACAGAGUCCGAGGCCGCAUCCGAUGCUGAUGCACAACCGUCUGCCGAAAUGGCGGAACCGCCCGAGUAACUUGUUUUAAUUCUCUUUUUUUAUUCCCCUCGAAUGCUAUCUGACUGGUCAUCUCAUGUCCAUAAUAGCUCCAUACUAUGGGAAGGGCUCAGCGUUGUCGAUGUUGUUUGUUGACUUUUUCUCUUCUUUUCAUUGUGAAUAUACCAUCAGAUAUAAUGGCUAUGAUUUGUAUGUGACAGAUGCCUCCAACUGGGCUCAAUAUUUAUUUACACUUGUACCUAGAUCACUUGAACCUCCAGGCAUGGUCAUGGAAAGUAAAAAUUGAGCGGAAGCGGAGUCUGGAAAUCCACCGAAAUAGUUCAUUCAUUUCUAAUGAUUUUCACGCCUAAAAACCUUUCUACAAGCUCAGAGUCUGUAUACACGACAGGCUCCACGGUACAUAUAAAUACACCAUCUCCGAAUUAUUUCAGUUGGAGUUUGAUUGCCAUGGAAUACUGCAGUCACCCAAAAUCUCUAGCUGCUUUUCAUCUACGAGUUUAGC